UAUAUUAGGGAUAUUUAUUCCGUUCAGUUGGCUCCGGAUAAAUUAGAAUUUGGCCAUGUUUGUGAAGGUCCGCAUGAUUGGGAACAACGUUAUGAACGUAAAGAUUUUGGAGCGAAGAAACACCAAGGAAAGGUCCGUUGGGGUGAUAAACAUGGAGGAUAUGGUGAACAUUAUUGGGAUUACAACCACGCUGGCCACGAUGGUGAUGGCGACGGUGAAGAAUCACAAGCCGUAGAAGAAUAUGAAUCAUAUGAACCAAGUGAAUCUAACGCUAAAGCAAUCGUUAAAAAUAACAAUGCAGGAAUACGUGAGUACACUCCCAGAGCAAAACGUCAUGAACAUUUAAAGGAAAAUAUGAAAUUUGUAUAUGAUCCUGAGACAGGAGUAUUAAUGGAUGAAGUAUCGGGGAAAAGGUUUAAAUUACAACCUAUACAUUAA